GUUUUUGAUCGAAGCUCUUCAUUUGUAUCUUUGUUUUACUGCACAUACGAUCUCUUUACAUUCUUUAAUCUUCUAAAAUUUACAGAAGUGUCGUGCCUUUGGUAAGAACAAGAUUUACGAUGGUAAAAAGAAAAACCAAUCCAAUGACUGAGAAUCAUUACAGAACGAGUCAAGCUCGACUAAUAUUGAUUAAAGAAAACCAUUGAAACUUGGCAUCAUCUAUCAUUUUGUUCGGGUAUAUUUGGCUCCAUCUUGUUGAUGAAGUAGGAAAAAAAAAUCAAGAUCAGCUUUGGACACACUCAGGUCACCACUCUCAACAGGCAAGCGUAGUAGCUUUCCAACCUUAUCAUCACUUGGACAAUUCAACAUUGUACACUCCAAAGUCUACAAUGAAGUCAACACCUCCAAACCUCCUCUGUUUCUCCCUCUCCCUCCUCCUCCUCCUCCGCCACACCACAGCCUCAUCACCGCCGCCUCUCCUCCCCAAACAAGCCCUCCCCACAAAGUCAGGCUACCUCAAAGUUAGCCCCACCUCAAACUCCGCCAUAUUCUACACUUUCUAUGAAGCUCAAACCCCAAUCUCACCUCUCUCUCAAACUCCACUCCUCAUUUGGCUCCAGGGCGGCCCUGGCUGCUCCUCCAUGAUCGGCAACUUCUUCGAGCUCGGUCCUUGGCGUGUUAACUUCCACAAGAAGUCAUCUGAUCCCCUUGCCUUGGAGCCCAACUCUGGCUCUUGGAACCGCAUUUUCGGCUUGCUUUUUCUUGACAACCCCAUCGGCACAGGAUUCAGCAUUGCUGCGAAGCCUGAAGAGAUACCACCUAAUCAGUUUGGAGUCGCCAAGCAUCUCUUUGCUGCAAUCACCAAGUUUGUUGAGCUUGAUCCUUCUUUUAAGUCGAGGCCUAUUUACAUUACUGGUGAGAGCUAUGCAGGGAAGUAUGUACCAGCUAUUGGUUACUACAUUUUGAAGAGGAAUGCCGAGCUGAGUGAGACUCAGCGUGUGAAUUUAGCCGGUCUUGCUAUCGGAGAUGGACUAACAGACCCGGUGAUUCAAGUGGCUACUCAUGCCGACAAUGCUUACUACUCUGGUUUGAUCAAUGAGAGGCAGAAGGGUGAGCUGGAGCAGCUUCAAUCUGAGGCGGUGAGGUUCACUAAGGCGAGGAAUUGGAGUGCGGCAGUGACUGCCCGAGACAGAGUUUUGAGGAGGCUGCAAAAUAUGACAGGGCUGGCUACAUUGUAUGACUACACAAAGAAUGCCAACUACGCGACUACCUUGGUUGUGGACUUGUUGAGCCACAAGGAAGUGAAAAAAGCGUUAGGGGUGUCCAAUGUGUCCAUUACGUUCGAGGAGUGUAGUUAUUUGGUGGGAGAUGUGUUGAUUGAGGAUGUGAUGAAGAGUGUGAAAUACAUGGUGGAGUUUCUUGUGAAUAAGACUAAGGUGUUGCUGUACCAAGGACAGUAUGAUUUGCGGGACGGCGUGUUUUCCACCGAGGCUUGGGUGAAGACCAUGAAAUGGGAGGGGAUAGAGAAGUAUCUGGCAGCUGAUCGGAAUGUGUGGAAGUUGGGUGGAGAAACUGCUGGUUAUGUUCAAAAGUGGGGGAGUUUGAGCCAAGUUGUGGUUUCAGGUGCUGGUCAUCUUUUGCCUGCUGAUCAGCCAUUGAGGGCUCAGGCUAUGAUUGAAGACUGGGUUUUGGAUUCAGGGUUGUUUGCCAAUGUUCAAGAGGCUAUAUAGUCUCGUCUGUCAUCAGUCAUCACUAUGUGUCUGUGUUCUUGAAUAUUGAGAUUUGUGGUUUCUAUUGUUCCACUGCUGUAUCACUAUUAGAUUUUCGGGCACCAUUCAGCUUAAGCGUGCUUCAUAAUAUUUAAUAAACCAAUCCCCUGCUACAUAUGAUGAUCAAAUAGGUUCACAUUGUUUCAGGCCCUUAGCCCUUAAUCUGUUACAUAACUAUGUAUUCAAAGCUUUGCCCAGAAAAUUAGUUGGCGUCAAAACAAAGACUGGAACUUCGGCCUAUCCUCUGGCUUAAAUUUUCAACCUGAACUUCUGCUAUAUAUGCACAAACAUCCAAUAUGAUACAGAAACCAAUGAUUCAUAAUUUGUAGAAACAUUUAAUACUUAUAAUCUAAAUACCCAGAAACUAAAAUGUAAUGGCUAAUGGAGGCGGGUUUAUGAAGAGAGAAAAUGGGAAGGGGAAAAGGAACCUGAACUUAAUUGGGUCAGACCCUCCUAAGAACCAAAGCUCCAGUUCCACAAACCCAUUAAGCACAUAACCCGUACUAUGAUGCCAUCGUCAAAAAAAAGACUUGAUCUUUAGGGCUGGAACGGCAGGGAGUCCUGUAGAAAACCUACAAGCAAUAACAGAGCCACCGAUUUCACGCAUAGAUGCAUGAAAGCUCUGCCCUUUUUGCCUCAGCCCUUUCCAUAACAUUGACACACUUCAAAUGUAAGCAAACAAGAAACUAAGAACAACUGGGAGAAAGGACUCAAAUGAGGCUACAUCAAACAGAGUAACUGAUAAGUUGAAACCC